AUGCUUGGAAACAAAUCGACAAUAAGAGAGUAUAAAAUAGUGGUUGUUGGUGGAGGCGGUGUUGGUAAAUCCGCUCUAACCAUUCAAUUGAUUCAGUCAUACUUCGUGGACGAAUAUGAUCCAACAAUUGAAGACUCUUACAGAAAGCAAGUGGUCAUCGACGACAAAGUAUCCAUUUUGGAUAUUCUAGAUACUGCGGGCCAAGAGGAGUAUUCGGCCAUGAGAGAACAAUACAUGAGGACCGGUGAAGGUUUUUUGUUGGUUUACUCUGUUACUUCUAGAAAUUCCUUUGAUGAAUUGUUGUCUUAUUAUCAGCAAAUUCAAAGGGUUAAAGAUUCCGACUAUAUCCCCGUAGUUGUGGUAGGCAACAAGCUGGACCUUGAAAAUGAAAGACAAGUUUCUUACGAAGACGGGUUACGUUUGGCUAAGCAAUUGAAUGCUCCCUUUCUCGAAACCUCUGCAAAACAGGCUAUUAAUGUAGAUGAGGCGUUUUACAGUCUUAUCCGUUUGGUAAGGGACGAUGGUGGGAAAUACAACAGCAUGAAUGGUCAAGCGGAUGAUGCUACCACUCCAAAUAAGACAAGGAAAUCCAAUUCGACUACAUCGCAAAGCGCUCAUAAGGCUCAUGUGAAUAGCGGAACUCUUGGGCCUGGCAGUUCGUUGGCUCAGGAUGUCACCAACUCUGUUCGCAAGUCAAACGCUGAUCAUAAUGUAGAAACUGCUAACGGAACUGGCGAAAUAAGUCAUAAUAAUGACAAAAAUAAUAACGACAACAAUGAUGAUUCUAAUUUCAAUAACAGCAAUAGAAAUAGAAAUGAGAAUGUUGAUGGCAAUCGUGAUAAUCCGCCAAAGGCAAGAAAUAAACAGUCCGCCGGACCCCAGAAAAUCCCAAGCUCAGGCGCUAAAAAUGAAUCGAGUGGCGGUUGUUGUGUAAUUUGUUGA